UGUUUGAAGUGAUUAUCAUUCUACGCAACAUAAAAGCUUACCCCCAGCUUUGGGCCUAAUUAGUUCACUUAGGGCCCUUAUAAGACACUGGUAGGGGACUGGAAAGGACAGACACUCACUGAGAAGUCAGCAGAUUAGCAGGACCGCAGCAGCAGAUCUGGAUGCCUAAAGUUGACCUGCUGCCACAUCAAAACAAGCUGAAGAUAAUCUGCUUUUCUGAGAAUGCCACACUUAACUGACUGCAGUUACUUCACAAUGCGGGACGCGACCAGAGCUUCAAAUGUACAGAGCCACCUUGAGAGCUCCAAGUUCCACCUCCACCAGAGCCAAAACCAGCAGGUCAAGCAGUACAUGACGCUGGGCUCCAAGCUUGCCUCGUCGGCCGGGCAGGGCCACGCCAUCUCUCACCCGCACGCCCCCGGCCAGCCGCUGGCCACCAUGCCGAUCAUGAGGAACGGGAACAUGCCCUCGGUCAGCGACGGCAGCAACCCCACCAGCCCCGUCACCCUACUCACUAUGGCCAGUCACGACAGUGAGUUUCCAAUGGGUGAAGUUAUUGAUGACCUAAUUAGUCUUGAAUCCGGUUUCAAUGAUGGGGGCUUGGAUUGCAUGGAGUCUAGCAUCCUAAUGCAAAACAAUGUGUCCCUCAGUAGCAGCAUGCUGGACGUCUAUGGGGGUGAACCAGGUAUGAACCUCCCUAAUGGUGGAAUGAGCCCCACAUCUAACCCCACAAAGCUCACUGUUAAAAGGGAAUACACAGAACACGACACAAGGGUGAUGGCCAAAGAGCGACAGAAGAAAGACAACCACAAUUUAAUUGAAAGAAGACGAAGAUACAACAUCAACUACAGGAUUAAGGAGUUGGGGACCCUCAUUCCCAAGUCAAACGACCCGGACAUGCGCUGGAACAAAGGCACCAUCCUGAAAGCCUCGGUGGAGUACAUAAGGUGGCUGCAGAAGGAGCAGCAGCAUGCCAGGGAGCUGGAGAGCCGGCAGAAGAAGAUGGAGCAGGCCAACAGGAGGCUGCUGCUGAGGAUCCAGGAGCUUGAGAUCCAGGCGCGAGCACACGGUCUCCCAAACAUGACCACAUCCUUGGGGACAGUCGAACUCUCCUCCCACCUCCUAAAACAACAACAGCAGCAGGCGUCCCCCCAGGCCCAGCAGCCCCAGCAACCUCAGCAGCCCCAGCAACCUCAGCAGCCCCAACAGCCCACACUCUACCAGGAGGACCCCAACAGCGACUACCUCCAGAGGAUAGCCGUAGUGCCCUCCAUCCCCACCGCCAGCGGCCCACAGGACCCCGCCGGUGCCGACGGGUGCACAACGUUCUCCGACCCGCUGUCACACUUCACAGACUUCUUCAGCGCCACACUCAAGGAGGAGCACCGGCUGGACGAGAUCAUCAUGGACAACCUGCUGUCGCCGUUCGGCAGCGACCCGCUCCUGUCGGCCGGCUCGCCCGGAGCUGAGUCAAAGGACAGUAGUCGCAGGAGCAGCUUCAGCUCUGCCGGAGGAGACGACCUAUAAUCCCCCUCUCCAGAACAUACUCAAGUUAUCUCCUUCUGACAACAUGGUUGUAAUCUCCAGUGUUAAAGGGCAUACACAGAGCCUUUAAAAAGACUGACUGACGGCUCCGGGCAAAGAAUAAUGAGCACUCACAGACUGCAAGUCAUUGAAAUGAGCACUGACACACGACAGAGCCCCUCAAAGAGCCAGCUGUGUAUAAACUGUACUCCUCGUUGAAUGGGUGGGUGUUAUCGGACCGAAAGCUUGGACUCUCCAAAGCUAAGUGGCACUAAAGACAUCCACAAGACCUUCUGCUGUAUUACCUCCUCUUUUUUAAAGUUACAACAGACAAUAUGUUUCUCUGCCUCCCACUCAGCAGAAACAGACUCAGAAAAAAGGGAGACAUUUAUGUACAUAAUGUAGAUAACAGAGCCUGUUUUGUACACGGUAACAUGCAAAAAUAAUCACUUAAAAACCUGACAAAAGUGUCCAUUUAUAAAAACAGUGGCUGUGAGGAGUUUAUUUGUAUAAUGUGCCUUAUUUGAAAUCCCAGUUCUGUCUUUAACUACAAUAUGAACAACUGAUGUACUCACCACGAUGCCUAACAUGUCCUCAGUCCUGUCUGUGUCUUAUAAGUGUUUUUGUUAAGUAAGUGUUUAUAUGCAUCCGUUUUAAACCAUGUAUUCCUUUAAUACGUCAUGUAUGUAUAUAUUAUUAUUAUUAUCUAACAUGUUACCUUUUUUAUUCUUACCAGGGGUGGGAAAACUAUA